AGGAUACGAAGUGGAGUGACGUGCGGGGAUAAGCACGACUAACACGCUCCACGUGAACACGCGAUGAGGGGACGUCAAGCAAGCUGCACUCACUCAUCAACAUUACACUUCAUCGCAGCAUGGCUGAAUCGAGUUUGGUCACAGCAAAUGCCAAAGUCUGCCUGGUAAACCUUCUAAGCACGAAUGAGUGGAUGCUGCCCAAAGGGCGUCGAAGUAUUGGCGAGUUACGGAAGGAAGCUGCGGUGCGAGAGGUGGCAGAAGAGACGGGCCUUCCACGUCGACUCCUACCUGUCAUGAUGGCUACAAGAGCUUUCACUGCUGUCGAUCUCCCUGACGUCCCGGAUGAAGCUUGUAUUAGAUAGGCUUCAGCGAGCCAUUCAUGUGUACAGCCAGGGAGCUGCCGAAGGGAAAUGGGGCGAAGCUGGUUUGGUGGUAUAUCGUGGUGCUAGAGUAUGAUGCGUAUAGUCGGAGAGGGCCUGGAGAAGAGUAGUUUAAGCCAGGGUUCUUCACAGCCGACGACGCAGUGCAGAAGUUGCAUUUUGAGUCGGAUCGAGAGGUGCUCAGGAAGGCGUUGA